AUGUCUCAACGAUCCGCACCGUCUGGUACCACCACCUCAAAUGGCGGGUGUAGAGCCGGUGCCUAUUACACGGCGCCAGCGCCUCAGAUGGACAGGUAUCUUCGAAGCCCGAUGGAGCUGCCCGAGAGACUUGUCUCCAUUGGGAACGGCACCUCGUCAACGCGGACGAGUUCGAGCAGCCGCCAGCAGACGCAGCGCUCCAUAACAGCGUGGGAUGCGAGAUGGACGCAAACUGGCCAAUCGUCGUGA